GUGAAGUUUCAUGUUUGUUAUUGUUCUAGGAAAACAUACGACGAACGUUUUCCGCAAUUACUUCUGUAAUUUGUAUUUUUAUUAACUAAAACUUGAUUUGCAUCGAAAUAGAAAAGUGUCGAAUCCCGGAACCUAGCAAAGGCGAUGGCCGGCGACAAAAAGCGUCGCUCCCGAUCAAGGGAACGCCUGGAACCGGACCGUGAUCGAGCCCGUGAUCGUUACCGCGAGCGGGAAUAUGAGCGUGACAAAGACCGAGAACGUGAGAGGGAACCGCCGCGGGAAAGAGAUCGUGAACGGGACCAACGGGAGCGGGAUCGUGACCUGAGAAGACCCAGAUCGAAGGAACGUGAACGAGAUGACAGGCGGAAGAGGGAGGAGACCAACAAGAAGGAAGAUUCCGAUGUGGAAGAAGUUAAAGCUGAAGCGAAAAAAGAGAUACCCGCCAAAAAGGAACCACUUUCGCUGGAGGAAUUGCUUGCCAAGAAGAAGGCGGAGGAGCAAGCUAGGAGUAAACCUGUGUUUAUCUCCAAAGAGCAGAGGGCGGUUGAAGCAUUGAAGCGGCGACAGGAGGAAGUGGCAGCGAUGAAAGCUGCUGCUUCUACUGCUAUUCCUAAAUUUGGCGAUGUUCCGGUAACAACGCUGUUGAACAGGGAGAAGAGAGAUCCUUUGGAGAAGUAUGACAGGAGGCAACGAGAGCGAGAGCAUGAACGAGCAAGGGAAAGGGAUCGCGAUGGUAAGGAAAAAGAACGAGAGGAUGAUAAGAGACGGUCGGCUGUUACCGAUGAUCCUACCAUGAAAGAUAAAGAAAAAGAACAGGAGGCUAUCCGGGAGAGAUACUUAGGUAUUAUUAAGAAGAAGAGGCGUGUUAGAAGAUUGAACGACAGAAAGUUUGUUUUCGAUUGGGAUGCCGCCGAAGAUACGUCCGUGGAUUACAAUAAUCUGUACAAAGAUCGACACCAUGUUCAAUUCUUUGGUCGAGGAAACAUCGCGGGAAUCGAUAUCAAAGAACAAAAGAGGAAGCAGAGCAAGUUCUAUGGGGAUCUCCUCGAGAAACGUCGUACGGAUGCUGAGAAGGAACAAGAGAAGGUUCGUCUGAAGAAAGUUAAAAAGAAGGAAGAUAAACAAAAAUGGGAUGAUCGCCAUUGGUCGGAGAAAGAUUGUGAUGAAAUGACCGAACGAGAUUGGAGAAUUUUCCGGGAAGAUUAUAAUAUCACCAUCAAAGGUGGAAAAAUUCCCAAUCCCAUCCGGAACUGGGUUGAAUCCGGAUUUCCGAAGGAGAUCUUGGAGAUCAUUGAUAAGGUUGGAUAUAAAGAACCAACUCCGAUUCAGAGGCAAGCCAUUACGAUUGGGUUACAAAAUCGCGACAUUAUUGGCAUCGCCGAAACAGGUUCUGGAAAAACACUCGCUUUUCUCAUUCCACUGCUCAAUUGGAUUCAAUCGUUGCCGAAAAUUGACCGUUUGGAGACUGCCGAUCAAGGUCCUUAUGCUAUUAUCCUGGCACCUACUCGAGAGCUGGCUCAACAAAUUGAAGAGGAGACCCAGAAAUUCGGUCAACCUUUGGGGAUACGAACCGUUGUUGUGGUUGGUGGUUUAUCUCGAGAAGAGCAAGGCUUCCGGCUGCGAUUAGGUUGUGAGAUAGUAAUCGCCACUCCUGGUCGUUUGAUUGACGUUUUGGAAAAUCGCUAUUUGGUUCUCAAUCAGUGCACUUACAUUGUAAUGGAUGAAGCAGAUCGAAUGAUUGAUAUGGGCUUCGAACCUGAUGUGCAAAAAAUCCUUGAAUACAUGCCGGUGACUAAUUUGAAACCGGAUACCGAGGAAGCGGAAGAUGCCUCCAAGCUGAUGGAGAACUUCAACACAAAGAAAAAGUACAGACAGACGGUGAUGUUUACGGCUACUAUGCCUCCGGCAGUGGAACGGCUUGCCCGAACCUAUCUGCGACGUCCGGCCACGGUGUACAUUGGUUCCGUAGGCAAGCCAACCGAACGAACCGAGCAAAUCGUACACAUCAUGACUGAAAAUGAGAAACGCAAGAAGCUUAUGGAGAUCCUAUCGCGCGGAGUCGAGCCUCCCUGCAUCAUUUUCGUCAACCAGAAGAAGGGUGCGGAUGUGCUGGCGAAGGGCCUGGAGAAGCUGGGUUACAACGCGUGUACUCUUCACGGUGGCAAGGGCCAAGAACAGCGAGAAUAUGCACUGGCUUCGCUCAAGAAUGGGUCGAAGGAUAUUUUGGUUGCGACGGACGUUGCUGGUCGUGGUAUCGAUAUCAAGGAUGUGUCGCUCGUCAUCAACUACGAUAUGGCGAAAUCGAUCGAGGAUUACACCCAUCGUAUCGGUCGAACGGGUCGUGCGGGAAAAACUGGUUGCGCUAUUUCGUUCUGUACUAAGGACGAUAGUCAUCUGUUCUAUGACUUGAAGCAAGUCAUAUCGGCUAGUCCGGUGUCCGUCUGUCCGCCGGAGCUCAUGAAUCAUCCGGAGGCGCAACAUAAGCCGGGAACUGUCGUGACUAAAAAACGCAGGGAGGAGAAAAUAUUCGCCUAAAAUAUGGCAAAUGAUACGAUUGAUGUAUUAAUUAUGGAACAUUGAAAGUUAUCAAUAAAUGAUGUAAACCUUAGAACCAUUAUUCCA